UAGGAUGGAAGAAGACUCUAAGAGUGAACUCUAGAUGUCGACAGAUCCGAGUUUACCCCCAAACACAAACAGCCUGACGGUCCUUCUCUUCCUGAAGUUUCUGAUCAGCUCCGGUUCAGCACUGCGUGUGUUCUCACACUCUCUCCUCCCUGCCAUCCUGCUCUACUCUGCCCAUCAGCCUCACUCUCAGCUUAAGACAUGAACGCUGGAAUCUGUGCGUGUGUGCUGCUGGCAGCUCUCUACAGCAGCGGGUGCCUAGCUCUCCCUACACACUCGCUGGACGAGGGGCAGUUGGAGGGAGCUGUAGCUGAACACACGCGACACACCCGUGCAGUGCCACUUAGCGGUCAGAUCACUCUGCUGUCCAAAGCACAGGAAGAGGAGGUGGAGGGGGACCCUGCCCGCAAGCUGAAUGAACUGCUGGCCAGACUCAUUUCCAGAAAAGAAGACUUCCCGUAUCUGUCAGGUUCAUAUCGCAGGAGCCCUGCCAGCAGAUCAGCAAACGUCAACCACAGAAUAAAGGACAGAGAUUACCUGGGCUGGAUGGACUUUGGGCGGCGGAGUGCAGAGGAGUACGAAUACUCUUCAUAAUAUCCAAUCAACUGUCUAUCUCCAAUCAUUCAACCAAUCAACCAACGUAUCUGUACAGAGAGAGCCGUCUUAAUCUUUCUCCCUGCCAAAAAUCGAGUCAUUGUCGGAGAGCUCUGUCUCCAUCUUACAUCUGAUGUAAAUUUGUUUGUAUAAUGAAGAUGCAAUAUAUAAAUAUAUGAAUAUAUAUGUAUUACAUUUAACAUACAGCCACAUUUUGUUUUUGUUUUUUUGCAGAAAAGAAAAAAAUGACUGGGAAUGUGGUCUUAUUUUAUUUAUUUUCUUAUAUUCGUGUACAUAUGAUUUUGUCCUCUCAUUCAAAGUAUGUUUUGGAAUAAAUCAUUGCCUUAACUCAUUCACCCAGA